GUGUGUUUGUGUUUAGCACUGUGUGAUUAUGCUCCCAAUAAUAUCAUAAACAACGCAUACAAUCAAACCAACGGGGUUGCUUGGGCUGCAUACUUGGCAUAUUUGGCACACUUGAAGAGCGUCUCCAUUGAAUUCGCUGGAGUUGGUAUUUGUUGGUAUUUGUGAGCUGGUCGCCAGCUCAGCGUGUUUGUUUGAGAGCCAACAGAGACUUGAACGUGCAGAGAGCGCGUCAAAUUCACACUGCGUAUACGUAUUAUAGUUUUGUUUAUAUAUUGUACGUUAAAGAAUGUGCGCCUAAGAACAACCAAUACACUGAAAACAAUUGAAGAGCAACUUUAAUUGAAAACAACACAUCUAGAGUAUUUCCAAAAAGGACAAGGAAUUAAUUUGAAGGACUCAAAAUGGGAAAUGAAACAUCGCUGCCGAUGGACAUGUGCUCCAAUUUCGAUGCCGAUGAGAUCCGUCGAUUGGGCAAACGUUUCCGCAAACUGGAUCUGGACAAUUCCGGAGCAUUGAGCAUAGAUGAGUUUAUGUCGCUGCCGGAAUUGCAGCAGAAUCCGUUGGUGCAGCGUGUUAUCGAUAUAUUCGAUGCGGAUGGCAAUGGCGAAGUCGAUUUCAAGGAAUUCAUACAGGGUGUCUCACAGUUCAGUGUGCGUGGCGAUAAGUUAUCGAAACUGCGUUUCGCCUUUCGCAUCUAUGACAUGGAUAAUGAUGGCUAUAUAUCGAAUGGAGAACUAUUUCAGGUGCUCAAAAUGAUGGUCGGCAACAAUCUGAAGGAUACACAAUUGCAACAGAUUGUCGAUAAGACCAUCUGUUUUGCCGAUAAGGAUGAGGAUGGCAAAAUCUCAUUUGAUGAGUUCUGUUCCGUUGUGGGCAAUACGGAUAUACAUAAGAAAAUGGUUGUUGAUGUCUAAAAAAAAAAAACAACAACAACAGAUACUCAGAUACAUUUCCUCACAUACAUAGAUGCAUACAUACAAGCAUGUAUUGACUAAAAAACUAAAUUUUUUUCUCGAUUCGUUGACAUUUCAAAUUGUUGUACCUACCAAUUAUGUAUGUAAUCGUAUGCAUAAGUACAUAAGUAUGUAUGUAAUUAUUUAAGUGCGUGCCAACCAGGCAAAAGCAACAACUAUGACAAAA